AUGAUGUUCAUCCUUCUGAUGAUAACCCUAUCUUAAGGGUAAUAUUCUUUAUCGAAUCAAGUUUUAAGCAAAUCAACAUUAAUUGAUUACCAAAUGGUUGAAUAAGUUGAAGUCGACUAAUCAGAUUAGAAUUGUCUAACCUUUGGAAUUUGGUCAAAAUAUAAUCCAUUAGGUAAUACAAAAUUGAAGGGCGCUUAUGGGCCAUUUGACAGCAACUGCUUUUAAAUACUAAACUCUCUUGAUUAUGCUACCUCAAGUCUCAAUUUUAUUUAAUAUGAUUGCGUCUAUGAUACCACAAAAGAAAUCAAAAAAUUCAUCUAAAUAGGAUUGAGUUAGACUGAUUAGUUUAUAUUUUCAAUACAAGUAGAACCUUCUGAAUAUGAAGAUUUCUGGUAUUUUUUUUAAAUUAUCACAAAUAUCUAGAAAAAAAGUGUAGAAUUAAAAAUUUAUUUUUAAAUAAACUAGAUAUUUAAGGAAACUCUCGAACUUAUUUUCCCUAAUAAGAAUUAAUAAUUAUUCUUUAGAUUUGGAGGGAGUUUAAAAGUAAAGAAUUCAAAUAUUGCUUUGAUUGAAUAAGGAAGAAUAUUCUCACUUUAUCCAGGCUAAUUAAUUGUAUAUAACUAUGAGAUGAAGAGGAUACCAAUAUAUUUUGAUUUUUAGUUGGAAAUUACUGAAUUUUAUUAAGAAAUAAAAAAUUGUGAAUGUGUUGCAAAUGUAGAUAUUGAAAAGAGCAAUGUUCAUUUACUAUUUUUAAAUAAAUAGAUUAUUGUUUUGCAGAAUAUCAAUUGCAAUUCAUACACACUCGCUGGAUGGCUAUAGAUAUCACAAAUUCAUCAAUCUUCUGAAGAAUUUAUUUAUUAGUUCAUGAAAAUAAGUGCGAAUGCAGAUGGAAUGCAAAAUGAAAAUCUAGCAACAUUUCAGUUGUUUUAUCAGAUUUCGAAUGCUAAAAAUAAAAUAAUAAUUACAACUUAUAAAUACAACUUUCCUUCUGUUACAUAAGACUUUGAAAAUAAUCCUUAUAUGAUUAGAAGAGAAUUAAUUAUAUAAAAUACUAUUACUUCAUGGUAAUAUAUUUAUGUAAAUCUGCAUGAUACAGUAUUAGAUUUCUCUAUUAUAUUUUAUGAAGCUUAAAAUACUUAAUCAUAUGAAACUUCGAUUGAUGUUAAAUAAUUCCAUAAUUAUUAAUUAAAAUUCACUUAUGGAAACAUUUAAUAAAAACAAUCAGAUUAUUUAGAUGUAAUUGUUCGAGAUUUACUAUUUAUCAAUUGUAUUUAAGAUUUAAAAUAAGACAAAUGCCAUUAAAGCUGUUAAGAAUGUGAUGGCCCCACUAAGUAUCAUUGCUUAACUUGUUCUGAAGAAUAAAAAAGAAUAUAUAUUCCAGAAUUUAAAUAAUGUGCUUGUACAUACGGCACAAUUGAUUAUAAUAAUGAAUGCAUAGAUUAUAUGGAUUAAAAACUAUAGUUAAAUCUUUAGUUUAAUGUCAAAUAAACAAAAAAUUUAUAUUGUAAAGUAGGUUGA